AUUCAAUGACAUUCCAUGUUGUUCAAUUUUGAAUGACGUAUAAAUAUUGAAGUGUCAGUUACAUGUGUUACAGUUUUAUUGAUUGACGAAACUCAACGAGAGUGCAUAUUAAUAUAUAUUUAUAUUAAUUUCGCGUAGUUUAAUUUUAAACUACAACAUAUUAUUUUAAGUGUUGAAGAAAACUAUAUAUCAUAUCGACUUAUAAUGGAGCCCCAACCUCAUGACAUGAUUUCCUGCCCCUACAACAAAGCUCACCAGGUUGAGCACUAUAGAAUGCACAUCCACCUACAGAAAUGCAGGAAGCAAUACCCCAACAGUGGAAAGAUCAACUGUCCCUUUGAUGCCACCCACAUAGUUAACGAAGUAGAAAUUAACUAUCAUAUCUCGGUGUGUCCAAAGCGUGAUAUGUUGGAUACGCAAAUGUAUGCGAUGGAUGAUGACCACCGUCCCGUCGUACCUAUCGUACAGCAGCCUGCUCCAGAGAGCAGUGAUGACUGGGAAAAUGACGCUCAUACAUCAUUCAAACCGGACCCAGCAAGAAAGGCACAUGUGAUACAAAAAAUUAGGGGCGGUACCCCUUCAGAACGGAAGAAGGCUCGUUCAGAAAACCCCACUGGCUACAGACCGUUGCAGUGAGCUUUUAUACAAUUAUACGUACUUUUCUAUAAUUUCCCAUAGCGAUAGGAUAUGACAAAAACCCUUGGUGACUGAUCUGUAGAUUCAUUGAACUACGGCA